AUGCAAGACCGACUCCAGUACCGUGAAGGUGUCAGGAAAUUACAACAAGAUUGCAAACAAGAACAAACUACUGAAAGAUUUACAAGUGAUUCCGCUUCUGAUCAAGAUUCGAUCGAUUUAAACUCUGAUCAGAAAUUCAGUUGUAAUAAAUUUGAUAUCAAACAGCUGAAAAUCGAACAAGAUAAAGAUUCUAACAUUAAACUAAAAAUAGAACAAUUGAAGAAAGAUCCAAAUAAAAUCGGUUUUGUCCUCAAAGAUGAUAUUUUGUAUAAGCUUGUUCAAACUAAAUAUUCUAUACGUAAAAAACCAGUUCCAUAUAUACCACCAUCAAUGAUCUCAGUUUUACUUGAAGCGUCCCAUAAUGAUCCGCUUUCUGGUCAUUUUGCUAUUCAUCGUACACUAGCAAAAUUAAAACAUCAAUUCUGGUGGCCAGAUAUGAAAUCUUCUGUUGAAAAAUAUAUCAGAUCUUAUCCAGUGAUAUUUGCCUAUAACACUGGUGUUCAUUCGUCCACAAAGUUCUCACCAUAUGUGCUACAAUUUGGGAGAAGGCCGCGUUUGCCGAUCGAUCCACCGCCAACACAAUUGAAUUUACCAAAUCCAUCCGAUUACCAUUCUCAAAACCACAAACAAUGUUUACCACCAUCAUCAACAUCAAGAUUCGAAACAAUCACAUUAGUUUGGCAAAACAUUUUGGAUCGUCACAAAGAGAUUAAAGGAUGGGAGAAUCCAAUAUUAGAACUGGGAUCAUUUCUUACAUUUCAAAUGUUUGCACAUCAUCAAAUUGAUCGACCGGUUACAAAUGUGCAGGAUGAUUAUGCGUUAUGGAAUGAAGGAAGGAUCUCGCCUUUUGGCAGAGACCCGGAAUUUGCAUCAAAUGGCGAAGCUCUCCAAAUUCAUGCACCAAAUGAUUCAUCAUUUGACAAGAUGUCAAUACGUCAAUCCAGUUGCAUAGAAGACGUGAAAUGGUUAAAUAUGCUGUUAACGAUUGUUUGGCAGUUACUCGUCUAUCAUCUGCAAUUACAAAACUAUCACAGCAACAAAAAAAAACAACAUCAAUCAGCGUCAUCAUCUAAUCCUCAACAAAUAUCUUCAUUACCACCAAUAUCGUCGCCGUUAUCAUCGCAAUAA